ACAGAAGCACCGGGAAACAUGGAAGGUGGGCCGGGGUGGAGCCAGAGCAGCAGCCGCCAGAGACAGCCUCUCCGUGGGCUGAAGCACUCUGACUCCUCCGUGUGUGUGAGCGGCGGUGGACGAGAGCAGACGGCUUAUAAAGGGGGACAUUGUCACAGGAGACCAAAAGCAAACUGACAGAAUGGGGGCCUAUGAGGAGAAAAAAGAAACAUGUGGGACCAUCUGCCUGAAAUACCUCCUGUUCACCUUCAACUUUCUCUUUUGGUUGGCGGGCGGCGGUGUGAUGGCGGUGGGCGUUUGGACCUUGGUCGAGAAGAGCGACUACAUCAGCCUUCUCUCCUCCAAGACCUACGCCGCCUCCGCCUACAUACUGGUUCUGGCUGGAGCCAUCGUCAUGGUAACAGGCGUGCUGGGCUGCUGUGCCACCUUCAAGGAGCAGAGGAGGCUCCUGAGAGUGUACUUUGUCCUGCUGCUGUGCAUCUUCCUGUUGGAGAUCCUGGCCGGCGUCCUGGCUUAUAUCUACUAUCAGCAGUUGAAUGAGGAGCUGAAGCAGAACCUGAGAGAGACCAUGAACCAGAAGUAUAAACAGAGCACCCACGAGCACGUCACCAGGGCUGUGGACAAACUGCAGCAGGAGUUCAAGUGCUGCGGCAGCAACAGCUCGUCGGACUGGGCUGAGAGCGUCUGGAUUCACUCCGGAGACUCCAAAGGCAGGCUGGUUCCUGACAGCUGCUGUAAGACUCCCACCGAUAUGUGCGGCCUCAGGGACCACCCGUCCAACAUCUACAAGGUGGAGGGAGGCUGCAUCACAAAGCUGGAGAAAUUCAUCCUGGACCACCUGAAGAUCAUCGGAGCGGUGGGCGUUGGGAUCGCUUGUGUACAGGUCAUCGGGAUGGUGUUCACAUGUUGCCUAUAUCGAAAUCUAAAGGCAGAGCCGUACUAAGAGGAGCAGCAGGAGAAAAGAAAGAGUGUGUGUCUGUCUGUGAAGGAGGGAACUUCAUCAACCGCAUGUCGUACUCAAAUAGCCCAUAGGUUCUUUUCUUUGCCUUGCUCAUUGGGGGAAAAAGGAAAAAAAAAAUUGGCGAGGGAUCAGAUUGCACGUCUUGAGGAUCUCAUUCGGUGGAAGAAAAAAAACCACUACAAGGUUCCUUGAAGUAAUUAAGCACUCAAGCUGCAGCUCAAAUCCAUCUUCAAGAUCACAGAGAGAGAGAGAAAGGGAAAGCCUCAGAGAGAAACCGAAGGGAAUUUCUAACACAGAUUGUGUAAAUUAGCGUAGCGCAGCCUCCUCGGGACUACAGCAUUGUAGUUUUUCUUCCACUCCCGAGUCUCUUGAUGCACAUUCUUUUUAUUUUCUGGGGGGGGGGUUUGCGGACCAGGCGCUGCACCCGAGAGCGCCUACAAACUGGCACUUUGCAGAAAAUGUAAAUCCUGGUCUCAGCAGCCUCCAUAACAGCCUUUACUUUCCACCUUUCACCAGCCACUCAUGCAUUUCAAAUAUUCGUUCCUUUGUGGCCUUUAAAAAAAAACAAAAAAAUUUUAAAACUGUUUUUAUGUUUUGUAAAUGAUUAUUCACAACCCUCUGAGGUGCUUUCUUUUGAGCUGUUAUAUUCUUUUCCCUAAUGUGUCUCCUUAGUGACAUUUCAGCGUUUUUUAAUCAACUCUGUCGCCUUUUAAAACACAUGCCGCGGCGUACUCAGUAUCUGCAGAGAGAAGGGACACAAGUCAGUGCCUUUUCUCAACGGCAGCAUUUUAACCCAUUAGUUUGACGAUACGUAGCAAGCAGUGCCAUUAAUACUACUCAUAAGAAAGCGCUUCAUGCUUUUAUUUGUUUUUAUACAUACACAGGAUUUCUCCACUGAUGCCAAAGUUGUCAACGUAACUCUCUGUACGGACCUUCUGUUUCUCCUCCAGCCUUAUUAUUCUACUGAUGUCUGUAUUUUUUUAGAUUGUUGUCAUAAAUGAAGAUUUUGUUUACUUUUCUAUCGGCCAUGAAUUUAUUAUUGUAUUUAACUCUGGUAGGGAACGAUAGUCGCUCUCUGUCGACGGUGAUAUUUCCCCGUGUGCCUCAAAGCCAACACUGAAUUAACCUGCUGUAUUUCUGUCUUUGUGAUAAUCGAGUUGUUUUUAGUUUGAAUAAAACAUUGAUCACCAA